GUCUGCAUUCACACCUUCACUACUUUGCUGCACAAUAUGUUCGGUCGGAUUUCUCUUGCGCUCAUUUUAAUUUCUGUAGCUGCGAUUUUCUGUGCGCAGUCUGCGGAUGCAGCCAAGGGCCCAAGAAUCACCAAUAAGGUCUACUUCGAUAUCAAGCAUGGUGACAAGGACCUAGGUCGAGUUGUCAUCGGUCUUUACGGUGGGACCGUUCCCAAGACAGUGGAGAACUUCCGUGCACUUGCAACUGGUGUCGGCAAGGAUGGUAAUGAGCUCGGCUACGGUUACAAGGGUUCCAAGUUCCACCGCGUUAUUAAGAACUUCAUGAUCCAAGGCGGUGACUUCACCCGAGGUGACGGCACCGGUGGAAAGUCCAUUUACGGCGACCGCUUCAAGGAUGAGAACUUCAAGCUCAAGCACACUGGACCUGGCACUCUUUCCAUGGCUAAUGCAGGCAAGGACACCAACGGAUCUCAAUUCUUCAUUUGCACUAUUGUCACCGGCUGGCUGGACGGUAAACACGUUGUCUUCGGAAAAGUCCUGGAGGGAAUGGACAUCGUAUACGCUAUCGAGGACGUUCCUAAGGGAAGCAACGAUCGUCCAUUGGAAGAUGUCGUCAUCUCCGACUCUGGAGAGUUGCCAGUUGAGCCUGCUAUGGAUGAGGGAGGAAAUGAGGAUAUCGCCACCGUACCCGUGAAUUCCAUAACUUCGUCAGCCGAGGCUGAAUUGCCUGCCUCCACACCCAUCUCGCCAGCGUCUGGUGAGAAGACGAGCCCUGCGGAGUCGGCUCCCUCUCCAGUUUUGGAUACCACUGAUCCUGACAUUGUGGAGGAUCUUGCUGGGUCGUCGGACCGUCUGAGAUACGCAGCUAUCUUCUUGGUGGUCGUCGUGGUUGCAGUGGGUCUGUGUGCUUGGUGUGGCGGCGGACUCCGUCGUUUCAAAGGCAUAUUACAACGUGCAGAUCGUGCGCAUUACAAACGCGUUGGGGACGAGGAUUUGGAGAAGUAAACGCAAUAGAUGUUUGCAGUCGGCGGAGUAUACCAGGCCAUGAAAUUUGUGCAAUGUACCAUAGAUAUAUACCUUGCUUGGCUAACACAACUGUCGUUUCUCCAUACGAAGUCCAUCAUAGGAGCUCUUUACCGAAGUAAUCUAGCUCCUAUAAAGUGAUUGUUCUUCGGACUUCAUCAGACUUACUUCCCUGUUUCUAUGUUGUUCCCAUGAAAUGCCUACAAUCUGUGGGGGUCGCAUAGUUCUCCCUUGCACUGAUUGGAAGUGGG